UCAGUUUCUUGCAUGUGAAUAUCGGACCCUGUCCUCAGCCAUUCACCACUACACAGUAGAAAAGGUUAACGCGCACCGCGGAGCGAGAAAAUUGUUUCUUUGAAACAUCGAGUUUAUUUUACCCUGUCGAUUUUACAUCCUGGAUUCGACCGACCCUUUCCCAAUGGAUUUGUUUAUAUUUAAAACUUGUUUUUAGCCCGUGCAAUUUUGUUGCAUUGGGGGGCUGUACACACAAAAGCAACGCAAACUCUUGGUGCGGUGGACAUCGAAGGCCUUGGGACAUUUGGCUCGUUGUGUUGUGCUAUCAUCUUUUUAAAUGUUCGCAAAGGAAAAUAGGUUAAAAAGGAGAACAUCUGGUGUGUUUCUUUUUAAUUAAAGGAAUAUGUUUGCUUCCUGUCUGACUUUUGCACUUCUGGGAACUUUUUGUGCAGGACCAAGCCAUGGAGAGGUGGACACACAGGAGUGCUUGUUCUAUAACAUCAACUAUGAGAUUGAGAAGACCAACCAGAGUGGGGUAGAGCGCUGCGAGGGUGAGAAGGACAAGCGGUCGCACUGCUACGCCUCAUGGCGAAACAACUCGGGUACCAUAGAGCUGGUGAAGAAGGGCUGCUGGCUGGAUGACUUCAACUGCUAUGACAGGCAAGAGUGUGUGGCGACAGAGGAGAAUCCUCAGGUGUUCUUCUGUUGCUGCGAGGGGAACUUCUGCAACGAGAGGUUCACUCACCUGCCUGACAUCAACGGACCAUUGAUCAAGUCGCCUCCCCCCAUGCCCACACUACUCAAUGUGCUGGUCUACUCACUGCUGCCCAUCACCAUGCUCUCCAUGGUCCUGCUGCUGGCCUUCUGGAUGUACCGCCACCGCAAGCCACCCUAUGGCCAUGUGGACAUCAAUGAGGAUCCCGGCCUCGUUCUCCCUCCCUCCCCCCUGGUAGGUCUCAAACCCCUGCAGUUGCUGGAGAUUAAGGCCAGGGGGCGCUUUGGCUGUGUGUGGAAGGCCCAGAUGAUGAACGACUACGUGGCUGUCAAGGUCUUCCCCAUUCAGGAUAAACAGUCGUGGACGAACGAGCGGGACGUGUUCCUAACACCGGGGAUGAAGCACGAGAACCUGCUGCGCUACAUCGCCGCCGAGAAGCGCGGGACCAACCUGGAGAUGGAGCUGUGGCUCAUCUCGGAGUUCCACGAGAGGGGCUCCCUGACGGACUAUCUGAAAGGGAAUGCAAUCAGCUGGACUGAGCUGUGCCACAUCGCUGAGACCAUGGCCUGCGGGUUGGCCUACCUGCACGAAGACGUGCCUCGCUACAAAGGAGAGGGACCCAAACCGGCCAUUGCUCACAGGGACUUCAAGAGUAAGAAUGUGAUGCUGCGGACGGACCUGACGGCCAUCAUCGGGGACUUUGGGCUGGCGGUGCGGUUCGAGCCGGGCAAGCCCCCAGGGGACACUCACGGCCAGGUGGGUACCAGGCGCUACAUGGCGCCGGAGGUCCUGGAAGGUGCCAUCAACUUUCAGCGGGACGCCUUUCUCAGGAUAGACAUGUACGCCAUGGGCCUGGUGCUGUGGGAGCUGGUGUCGCGCUGCAAGGCGGCCGACGGCCCAGUGGAUGAGUACAUGCUGCCGUUUGAGGAGGAGAUCGGCCAGCACCCGUCCCUGGAGGACUUACAGGAGGUGGUGGUCCACAAAAAGAUGAGACCGGUCUUCAAGGACUGCUGGCUCAAACACGUUGGCCUGGAGUCUAUGUGUGAGACGAUAGAGGAGUGCUGGGACCAUGACGCGGAGGCGCGCCUCUCUGCUGGCUGCGUGGAGGAGCGCAUCUCGCAGAUCCGCCGGUUGACCAGCCCCCCUACCUCGGACUGCCUGGUCUCCAUGGUGACCUCUGUCACCAACGUGGACUUGCCACCCAAAGAGUCCAGUAUCUGAGUCUCAACCCGACCACCACCAACCCUCCCAACGCAGAGCGACAAGCAAGCAAGCAUACAAAACAACCACUCGUCGUCUUCGUCUUAAGCCUCAGCGGAUCUCAGAAAAAAACAUGAAUGCAGCUGCUAUUUUAUCCUGAUUUUUUAAUUAUUAUUAAUUAUUAUUAUUUUUAUUUGAUUUCCGAUCAGAUCACUAUUACCAGCACACUUCUUCUAUACUGUUUUUUUUAUCAAUACAGGACAAAAAAGCUAAAUGGACAUCUCAAAAGCGCAUUCAGGUGCCGACUUAUGAAUGCUGACAAGGUGCAGGUACCUCAGAUGUUUUCAGCUCUCAGUAGUUUCUUUGGGUUUAGUUUAUUCCUCUUUUUCUGUUUUCUGGACAGGAUUGCCUGUGACAGAACCAACUCACCCACCAACCAAGCAACCAUCUACCACGUUGGACAAUACAACAAUGCUGCAUAAACCUUGUAGGAACAUUAAGACUGUUACACACAACUAACCUUCCUCAAGGGAUUUUAGUUUUCAGAAAACGUUUCCUUUCCGACAGCGUGUCCCAUACAAACCUUCGGAACUAACGGGUGUCUCUAGAACACAGGGCAAAGUGGAAAACAACUGGACUCAUUUCUUUUAGUUUUUUUCUGUGUUCAGACUGGUGACUAUGGAUGGGGUUGGCUACAGCAUUCUUGUGAGUGCAUGUUGAAAAGUUCAAAAGGAAAUGGCUUACAUUCAGAGAUUGGACAACACAUCAUCUGGAUAGUGCGUUUGGUAUGGAACUACUUCUCAGGUAACCAGUCUCAAGGGGCAGGAGAUGUUGAUUUGAGGUGAUAUCGCAACGCGUCCCGUAAAGUAGGGCGAGAGCCACAACUGCCGCCCUUGAGUGGUUGGCGGGGGCAAACUUUAGUGGGGGGUGCUUUUCUGACUUGGUUCAGAGCCUUUUUAUCUGAGAUCAAAAUGGAGUCUAAACAUAGAACGUGCCCAAACCACAAAAACACACAAUCGGUGCAAGACCCUGGGGAAGAUAUGUAUGCAUUUUUGGGUGGGUGUGUUUGCGUGCGACUACUUGUGCAGUGAGAGUGACUGUGUGUGUGUGUGUGUAGCGGAGAGGGAUGGAGAUUAAGACCAUACAAAGUUUCAGCCGUAAACAUCUGAAGAUAAAUGUAUUUUUGUUCAGGUUUUUUUUCUCCUCCUUUAUUUCAGUCAGUAGAUUGGACAUUGGGAGCUAAGGACUGAGACUCUUCUCCACAGAGGCCCAUCCUAGGCCUCAGCAAAAGCCUAUAUCCUUCAUUUAGUGUUGAGCGGGAGGGAAUACAGUUGAAUCAUCACUGCCUGGUCCCUUUGUUAUUUACCUCUUUCGCACAGGGACCAAACUAUGUUUGUACCGGGUAGGUCCUGCAUUGUAGAACUGUUUUUGACAGGGCACCGAGCGUAACAAGCGGUUUAAACUUAACUUCAUUACGAUUAGGUACACGUUCUCAUUAAUUAGAAGGGAAAAAAGAAACUGAAAACGAACAUGGAACUUUUUUUGUCUUAAAAGUGGCACGCAAGAAACCACAUUUCCGUAUGCCAUAAUGUAACAGUGAAUGUCCACAAUGCUGCUGUUUCAAUUCAAAGAUGAAUAUAUUUCUGUGUUCCUUUUUUUCUGUGCAUUACACGUGCAACUCUCAGUAGUAAAGGAAACAUGCAUAAAACAGCAAAAGUCAUGUCUACCAACGUACAAGGCUUCCGAGGUGAACAAUAAAAUCUAGUAGAGAAAACAUAAAACGAAACGCAAAAAAAACAAAAAACAUUAAUGAACCACAGACCACCUCAAACCAGAAAUACCUCAGAUUUUUCUACGUGUAUGAGUUCUGUUAUAUAUUUUGUUAGUUGUGUUGACUUGUAUUAAGUAUAUUUUAAUGUGAGUUUUUUUGGCUUAUAUGAUUAGGGAGUUUUGGAAAAAUAGUGCUACCGCAACAUGUUGUAUAAAUGAAAGAAAAUAGUGUAAAUAGCUGUAUACAGUUGUAGUAUUCUACCAAUAUAUGACACCUAGGCAUUAUUCAUGAUUUGUGCUGCCCCCCCCCUCUCCGUUACCUAAAGGGACAUUGAACCUUGUAUUUGAUUUUCCUCCCAGAAAAACAAAUAUCCACCCACCACCACCACCGUGUCUCACCUGUAAUAUUUUUGCAUACCCCAGGAUAUACCUUGGGUUUGUCAUUGCUUUUAAAAUGUAUUUUAAUGACUUAUCCCAUUCCUCUAUAAAAGAAGAAAGCAUUUAUACAGAAAAGACAAAUUGAGAACUGAGAUACCAUUGAAUUUCCUUAUACAAAGCAACGCAUCUCCAAAUUAGUUUCUCGAUUUAUAGCGUUCUAACUUUUUAAAGCAUAGUCAUAUUUUUAUGAAAUUGUUCUCAAUUGAUGAUUGAUUUGAUAGCGCCUUUGGGGGGGGGGGGUGUCCCUGGAUUUUCAUCUCCUUUCCUCACACAUUGACUGAUGAGACACCAUGGCGGCGGCUUCAGCACCUUAGCACUACAUCCUACAGACGAGAGCUUUAAGUUUUAUUCACGGUGUCAUACGUUCUUAAGGUUCUACAUCGUUUACCAGUGUUCCGCAUGUGUGUAAGUGGAACCAUGUGCGCAGGGUCUUUCAGGGUGUUUUAGGGAUACCCAUGGAGAAGUGAGAGCAUUGAGACACUCAUGACUUCAAUCUCUUGUCAUCAUGAACCCCAGUGAUUGAUGUGGGCCUGCAGAUCGCUGUGAUACAGCUGCUUUGAGUAGGAAAACCACAGCUAGCUUCAUUUGAGCUUUUGGGCUUAGGAAACUUGAACAUGUAUUUAGGUCUGUUAAGAGACUACUUUUCAAGGAGCCCCACUUUCUCUGUAAUAUUUGCCAAGAGGGUAAGAAAAUAAUGUAUCAUUCUGCCUUGGUCGCUUGUUUAGCACUUUUUAGUUUCUUUGGAUCGACUCCCCACCAUUUUAUCAUUAACCAGAAUUGAGGUAUUCUUGCUUUGAUUUCAAUGGCCUGUUAGCAAAUCGGGGUUAUGUUUGUGUCAAAUUAUCAGGUUAGUGUUUGAUGUCUAUCUUUUCAGGAAGCUUAUUGUAACACUAUGGUUUACAGUAUUUCUGCUAUAACUGUAAUGGGAUCAAGAAAUUGCAAGUUUGGAUAUAAAUGUAGCAAGCAAUAUCUACAGCAAUAGUCCUACAUAUUGUUUCUGGUAUGACAGAAUAACCUCAUAGGUACCGCAAUAGGCCCUUGAGCUAGCGACCAACCAAAACAUCUUGUUCAAGAUGCGCUUUGUUGUCAAGAGGAAGGUUGGUGGGUUUGCUGAUCCCCAAGUCAUGGUCAUAAUGCUUGUUGAGUUAUGAUAGGUUUACCUUCAGUUAUAGACCUUUGACCAUGAAAAACAUGUAGCCAAAUCUUUGCACCUAAGUUUGAAAGAAGGGGAACCAAAGUCUUUCUUUUUUUCUAUAUUUGAGAGAAUUGUAAUGUGUCCCCACUCUCACUUUCUGUUUAUGUGGAACAGCGGAGACUAAAUCCUUCUGUUCUAUGAUCCUUAGACUUUGAUUUGAGACACUAGACAAAAUAAUCUGACGUUUUUUCCUUGCUUUGACAUUUUUGCCACCUUUUCCAGAGCAAAGUGGAUUAAUUUGAUGGGGAGGGAGUGUCAGUGCAGGUAGUAAGGUCUACAAAAGUGAGUUGUUAGACUUCUAAAUUAAAAGCUCUAAAGUUUCUUUCCAAAUAGUGGCCUGUUCCACUCUCAGCAUUACAUUUGUUGUGCGGUCUUAAGGGUUUAAUUCUUUCAGUUUUUUUUGGGGGGGGGGGGGUCACUGUUAUGAUGAAUUAUGCAAUACCAAUCGGUGGUUUUAAAGUUUUAGCCACAAUGUGAAAGGCAAGUAUUACUCUGGUCUUUCAUCAUUGUCUGGGUUUUUACUCUGGUGCCAUUUUAAUGAUUCUACCGUCACUCUAGUUUAGUCUUAUCUGAGAGCAGAGGGAUGGGAGCUGGACUUCUUAACACAUCUUUCCAAAUGAAUAUUUUAGCUUUAGUACAUUGGACAUAUAGGGUAAAAUCAGUGAUCUAUUAUUACCAAUACUCUCACAUUUGGGUUCAUGAUGACAAAGCUGAAGUCUUGGAAUACAAACAGCAUGUAAUAUCAGUAACAUUGCUAUUGCUGGAGCUUUGGACUAAAAUCCUGAGGUGUUCUGAUGCUGUGCCUUUUAUUUUCCUCAUCGUCGUUGCUGAAGCCACUGCUGCGGCGCCCCUCUUGUUUGUUUGUUUGUUAUUAGUAACUGACAAAAAAUGCUAUAUAUAUUAAUCUAUA